GAAAAAGGAAAAGGAAGUGACGUUAUUCCCGGAGUUUUCUAUUUCUGUUUCUAGAAAUUUUGCGCUUCUCCUCAAAAUCAUUUUCUCUCUCUGCUCCUGCUUUUUUUCUCCAUUUUUGGGAGCAAUUUCACGACGAAAACUCGAAGCAGACAAAUAUUUGAACUUUAUUUUUGCACUUCUCUCUUCCAUUUUUCUUUUUGUGGUUUCAGAAAGUUUAGAGGAUUUGUAAUAUUUUUUGUGCUCUGUUUUCCGGCGCCUUUCAGAAUGCAAUUGUAUUGGUGAAAGGCACUGGAAGCUUUUUUGUUUGCAUUGUAUUAUGCAGAAGAUUGACAUGACGGGAGCUAAUCGCGAUGAAAACCUGGCGAAGUUGAAAACAAGUUGGUGAACUGUGGUUGUAAUACAAAGUGUCAAAAGAAAUGGCUUCUGUGCUGGCUUCUCUGUUUCCAAAACUGGGAUCUUUGGGUACUUCAGAUCAUGCUUCUGUUGUAUCCAUCAACCUAUUUGUGGCACUCCUUUGUGCUUGCAUCAUCAUUGGUCAUCUCUUGGAGGAGAACCGCUGGAUUAACGAGUCCAUUACUGCCCUCAUAAUUGGUUUGGGUACAGGAGUGGUUAUCUUGCUCGUAAGUGGUGGAAAGAGCUCACACCUUCUGGUUUUCAGUGAAGAUCUCUUUUUCAUAUAUGUACUUCCUCCAAUCAUAUUUAAUGCAGGGUUUCAGGUAAAAAAGAAGCAAUUUUUCGUGAACUUCAUAACUAUAAUGAUGUUCGGAGCCAUUGGUACCCUGGUCUCAUGUGCCAUUAUAUCACUAGGUGCCAUUCAAACUUUCAAGAAGUUGGACAUUGAAUUUCUAGAUAUUGGGGAUUAUCUUGCAAUUGGAGCAAUAUUUGCUGCCACAGAUUCCGUCUGCACAUUGCAGGUCCUACAUCAGGAUGAGACACCCCUCCUUUACAGUCUUGUAUUUGGAGAAGGAGUUGUAAAUGAUGCUACAUCGGUGGUGCUUUUCAAUGCUAUUCAAAACUUCGACCUUACCAGUGUGAAUCUCAGUAUAGCCCUCAGUUUCCUUGGCAACUUCUUCUAUCUGUUCCUUGCUAGCACUUUACUGGGAGCAGGAACCGGUCUUCUUAGUGCUUACAUUAUCAAGAAGCUGUAUUUUGGCAGGCACUCCACAGAUCGUGAGGUUGCCCUUAUGAUGCUCAUGGCUUACUUAUCAUACAUGCUGGCUGAACUAUUCUAUUUGAGUGGGAUUCUCACUGUAUUUUUCUGUGGUAUUGUAAUGUCUCAUUACACUUGGCACAAUGUGACCGAGAGUUCAAGAGUCACUACAAGGCACGCUUUUGCAACUUUGUCAUUUCUUGCAGAGACUUUCCUCUUCCUCUAUGUCGGCAUGGAUGCUUUGGAUAUCGAGAAGUGGAAAUUUGUUGGUGACAGGCCUGGAUUAUCAAUUUCCGUGAGUUCAAUACUGAUGGGACUAAUCUUGCUGGGGAGAGCUGCCUUUGUUUUUCCAUUAUCAUUCUUCUCCAACUUAAUGAAGAAAUCCUCGGAGCAAAAAAUUACCUUUAGGCAGCAAGUGAUAAUAUGGUGGGCAGGUUUGAUGAGAGGCGCAGUGUCCAUGGCACUGGCAUAUAAUAAGUUCACUCGUGGGGGACACACUCAACUGCAGGACAAUGCAAUAAUGAUUACCAGCACGAUAACCAUUGUUCUAUUCAGCACAAUGGUAUUCGGUUUAAUGACAAAACCCCUUAUAAGUCUCCUGCUGCCACCACAGAGGCAAUUGAGUACAGUGUCAUCAGGUGCAAAUACUCCAAAGUCUCUAACAGCCCCACUCCUAGGCAGUCGAGAGGACUCUGAAGUUGAUUUAAAUGUUCCAGAUCUUCCUCACCCACCAAGUUUGAGGAUGCUACUUACCGCACCAAGUCAUAAAGUGCAUCGGUACUGGCGCAAGUUUGACGAUGCAUUCAUGCGCCCUAUGUUUGGUGGUCGGGGAUUUGCUCCUCCUGCCCCUGGUUCUCCAACGGAACAGGGUCCAUGAUGUGCACGAGAAAAAUGAAAUUGAUGUAAAAGAAAUUCGCCAAGGGACGUCCAGUGGAUCCUAAAGAUUCUGUGUACACAGAUUGCUGACAGCAUUAUGAGCUUCACCCAGGUCCUUGACCAUUUGGUACUGCUGUCAUUUACAUUGCUUUAGCAAACUCUAAAACUGAUAAAAUGUUCAUAAAAUUCAGCAAAAUCCUCUCGUUUGCAGUGGAGGGUUUAGGAAAGGGUGAAACUCUGGCUGACCAUGGUGAGUGUGUAAGUUAAUCCUGAGAAUGCUCUCUCAGAUGGCAAUAUCUCUAUUCAAACUUAUUGUAAAUUUUGGGCUACUUAAAUGUUGCCAUCUUUUUGCGUGGUGUAAUUUCGUGUGGUAUUAUAUAUCCCAUUUGUAAUGUUUUAUGAACUUGAGAAAGAAAUAAUUGUCAGAGAGCAGAAGAUAGCUUUUCCAAAAAUCA